CUUUCAGAAUGAAAAGCAAGAAAUGAAAUCUAAUGAAAUUAUUUGAGAUCAUAUUAACAGUUUUAAGGAUACUGUUGCGAAAUAUUUAGCUGACAUAUCCUAAAAUUGCCGCAAAUAUCAAGCUAACUGAAAGAUCGCCAGGACGCCCCAUCUUCGAAUUUCUAGGCAGCGACAAAUGAUUUUGAAUUUUUAAAUCGUGUUCGGCAACAAUAGCGAAGCCCGGUAAACUUACGAAUUACUGAAACAGUGAUAAAAAAUAUUUAAACGAGUAAUAGUGCAGUUACUAAUUAUUAUCGUUGAUUCUGCAGUUAGGAGAGAACAUAAUCAUGAUUCAGCCUUUUUUGUCUCAUCUGGCAUUUCACCGUAGCAUUGUUUUAGCAAGUAAAUCUCCUCGAAGAAAGAGAGUUCUAGAGGAACUUAAACUUGUCUUUGAAGCAGUUCCUUCACCAGUUCCACAGUAUUUCAACUUAGAAGACUUUUCCUCGCCUGGUGAUCUUGUGAUGCAAUCUGCUAAAGGAAAGGCUUUAACUGUUACUGAAUUUAUUAAUGCACACGAUUAUCAUGCAGAUUUAGUUAUUGGUGCUGAUACUGUUGUUAUAUUGGAAGGAGAAGUUUUUGACUUGCCUACAAAUAAAGCAGAUGGACGUCGAAUGAUAGAGAGACUGAAUGGGAAAACUCAUGAAGUUUUCUCUGGUGCUGCACUUGUUCUUCCUAGAUAUGAAAAUGGUGUUAAGAAUCAUCAAAUUGAGACAUUUUAUGAGACAGCAAAGGUAACUUUCGGAAGCCUUCCUCCUGAUGUAAUAGAGGCUUAUUUUGAAAAUCCAAAACCAUGGGCCAAUGUUGGUGGAUAUGCUAUAGAACGCCUAGGAGGCACCUUAAUUGAAAGUAUUGAAGGAAAUUAUUAUACUGUUGUUGGGUUUCCUGUGCAUAAAUUCUGUAAGGAAAUCUAUAGGAUGUGCUCUGAGGGCCUACUGUAAUUCCACAGAUAUUUACCCUAAGGUAAUGGACAAAUUCAUUCCAUAUGUAUAUCGGUAAUUAGUAAAAAAACAUUGAAUAAAUAGCUAAGCAACUUUUUGUGAUAUGCACUGAAGAAAAAAUGCUCGUCUUUUCUCAAAUCUGAUCUCAACAUUGAAAAUGUGUGCAGAAUUCAUCAGUUAGCAACUAUACAUUCCAGGGAUACUUUAUACGGAAGUUUGAGUUUUCUUGUGUGAAUCCAAAGUAUACGUUGAUGGAAAAUAUCAUGAAGAACAACUUCUGUAUCAUUAUAUGAUGAACAACAUCAUCAUUAUAUGAUGGUUCAGAAAACUUGCAAAGUGAUUUAUAUGAACUAGACUUCUGUAUUGAUUUAUUGCUGAUUGUAAAACUUAUCUAUAAAAAUUUUGGCAAACUUUUCAUUAUUAUUAUAUUUUGAGAAUCUACGUUUGUACAAAGUUACAUUUCCUACUCUAAGUUUCAUUUCUAGAAUUGAACUAAAAAUUUUUAUCUCUGUAAGUUUUAACUUUGACAUUUAUUUUUUAACUUUAUAAAUUUUAAUUUGUAUUGUUAUGUUUGAUAAGAAUAUUAAAUACUGUUGC